AUGAAGCCACCGGCGGUGCCUUACUUCCGUCCACCGAUUGGUGACCGCGAAGUCGCCGAGGUCAGCGAGGUGCUGCGCUCCGGUUGGCUGACCAGCGGUGCCAAGGGCAAGGCCUUCGAAGAGAAUUUCGCCGCCGCUGUCGGCGGACAGCACGCCAUCGCCGUGACCUCCUGCACCGCGGCGCUGCACCUGGCGAUCGAGGCACUUGGGCUGGGUCCGGGUCAAGCGGUGCUGGUGCCGACGAUGACCUUCGCCGCCACUGCCGAGGUGGUGCGCUACCUCGGCGGGGUGCCGAUCCUGGUGGACUGCGAGCCGCACAGCACUAAUCUCGACCUCGACGACGCGCGGCGCAAGAUCGCCGCGCUGCGGGCCGGCGAAUUGUCACCGGCACUCGACCGUGGACUCGAGGUGGUAGGGAUGAUCCCGGUCCACGUCGGCGGCUACCUGAUGGACCUCGACGCCAUCGAUAGGUUUGCCGCUGACCAAGACCUUUGGGUAGUCGAGGACGCCGCCCAUGCCUUCCCCGCCGCUUGGCGCGCGUCGGCCGAAUCUCCGUGGCGGCGCUGCGGCGAGCACACCGCGGCGGUGAGCUGCUAUUCGUUCUACGCCAACAAGACCAUCACCACCGGCGAAGGCGGCAUGGCGGUCACCGAUCGCCAAGACCUCGCCGAUCGCAUCCGGCUGAUGACCCUCCACGGCCUGUCGAAAGACGCCUGGGGACGCUACACCGGCGGCGGCGCUUGGGACUACCGAAUCGUCGCCCCAGGCUUCAAAUACAACAUGCCCGACACCGCUGCUGCCUUGGGCCUAGUGCAGCUCGAAAGCGCCGAAGCCUUCCGCACCGAGCGCCAGGCAGUGGCCGAGCACUACCUCGAAGCGCUGGCCGAAAUCGACCAGAUCGGCCUGCCGCUCACUGACACUGAUCGUCUACACGCUUGGCACCUAUUCCCGAUCCGCCUACGCCUCGACCGGCUGCGGAUCGACCGCAACCGCUUCGUCGAAGCGAUGCGCGAAGCGGGCGUCGGCUUCUCGGUUCACUGGCGCCCGCUGCACCUUCACCCGUACUACGAAGAGCGCUUCGGUUGGCGCCCCGACCAGUUGCCGGUCGCCAGCACGCUUUGGCCUCGCCUGGUGAGCCUGCCGAUCUACCCCGCCAUGCCCAACGCCGAACGCGACCGGGUGGUCGAGCGAGCGCUGGGACCCGGCCUCGACUUGGCCACUGGCACCAGCCUCUCGGGACCGGCGCCAGAUACCUUCGUCUGCUUAGCAGCCCGUGGCAAGAGUCGAGCCGCGCUGCGAGCGGCGCUUUUUCGCCAGCUCUGCGUUGCGAAAUCUCGAAAGAUCCCCGAUAUUCCUGCGCUUUCGCGCCUUGAUCUGACGAAAAAUCACUCGCUCUCGCUUGCGUCUGACUUUUGCCACGGCCUGCUAAGGGAUAUCUGUCAGGAUGCCGCGCUGAGCUAG